CUUAGAAUUUAGAAACAAUAUCUAAUACCAAGGUGGGUCAAUGGCGUCGUCUCUCUUCAAAACCCUAAUAAGGUCGUCGAAUUCGCCAUCAACGGCUAGAUAUCUGAGUUCGACCACCGCUGUCAUCAGCAACCAUACCGCCAAAUGGAUGCAGGAUAUUAGCAAAAAAUCACCAAUGGAGUUGAUCAAUGAAGUUCCACCAAUUAAGGUCGAAGGCAGGAUUGUUGCAUGUGAAGGAGAUACCGACCCGGCACUUGGGCAUCCAAUUGAGUUCAUAUGCCUUGACCUAAAGGAGCCAGCUGUUUGCAAAUAUUGUGGUCUACGUUAUGUUCAGGAUCACCAUCACUAGGACUUCUACAAUUGCUAGUGUGAGCCAUUGUCAUGCUUACUGGAUACAUUCAUUAUCUAAGUUUCUAUGAUGGUUUGCUAUGGCAAAUGCUGGGGAAGAUAUAAAUGUUACCGAGCAAUAACUUUGUGAUCUUCAACUUGUUUCAAGUCUCCAUUUUACUGAUUGUACUUGUGUUUAGUGUUUGGCAAAAUAAGGACUUGAUGCGCUUAAUUACCAUCAGCAGCAUACACAGAUUUAUGAAAUUUUACCUUAUUAAUCAAUUUUUUCUGCUAUAGUUGCCAAGU